GUUGCCAGAUCGACCGACCGUGAUCGGAGCAAUUAGGAACGGACGAUAACAGCAACCCUCAGGUUCGCUCACAGCGCAUCCCCUUCGCUCUAGGUCCUGCUGGCUUCAACAAAUCCCUGCACUCCUAGACGAAUCUUGAGUGUGAUACGCGCGCGUGUGAGAGAGAGAGAGAGAGAGAAGACGAAGGCAUCCGCAUUCGUUGACACCGCCCUUUUCCCCUUUCAUUUUUAUUUUUAUUUAAAAAAACAUUCCUUUCCCUCCAUCUAUUCAUACAGUAGAUCAUCCAACAUGGUCCGUAAUAUCGUUAUUCUCUCGGGCAACUCGCACCCGUCCCUCACCGAGGCAGUGUGCAAUAUGCUAGGCAUUCCUAACGGCAACCGCAUACUGAGCAAAUUCUCGGUUGGGGAGACCCGCUGCGAGAUCAAGGACUCGGUACGGGGCAAAGAUGUCUUCAUCAUCCAGUCUGGCGGUGGAUCGAUCAAUGAUCACUUAAUAGAGCUUUGUAUCAUGAUCUCUGCCUGCAAGACCGGCUCGGCCAAGCGUGUCACGGCUGUGCUUCCCUUGUUUCCCUACUCUCGACAGCCCGACCUACCAUACAACAAGAUUGGUGCUCCACUCUCGAAGCCCACCGAAGCCUCCAAGGACAAGUAUACGUUUGAGAGCGUCCCCGCGACACCCGGACCUGGUGUUGUGAAGAGCGCAAGCUUCAGUAAAGAGACUGAUCUGACGAGGGCGAUGAGCAAGACUUCUCUCACCAACGGGACGGGAAGUGCCCUCGCUCGGACGAAUGGCGGCGAGGGCUACUUCCACUCUGAUGGGAACGCUGCCGGGGACAUGUACCCGGUUCAAGGCCUGCAUUCCCGCGUAGGAAGCUAUACGACUCACGACUACGAGAAUCCGGGACUGCUCUCUACGUUUCAAGCUAAACCCGGGUAUAAGCGAUGGGUUGCACAAGCCGGAACCCUGGUGGCAGAUCUUUUGACCUGCGCGGGCGCAGACCAUGUCGUCGCGCUGGACCUUCACGAUCCUCAGUACCAAGGCUUCUUUGACAUACCCAUGGACAAUCUAUACGGUCGUCCCCUGCUGAAGAGAUAUAUCCAGCAGAACAUCCCAGAUUACAAAGAAGCCGUGAUCGUGAGCCCAGAUGCGGGGGGGACCAAGAGAGCGACGGCUAUCGCAGAUAGCCUGGGCAUGGAAUUCGCCCUCAUCCACAAGGAACGACGGCCGCCUCGGAUCACGGAUCGGCAGAAUGCGACGAUGAUGCUGGUCGGUAAUGUCGCCAAUCGGGUGUGCAUUCUGAUCGAUGAUCUGGCCGACACCGCCAACACCAUUACCCGUGCCGCUAAGCUCUUGCGAAAGGAGGGCGCGGUGGCCGUGUACGCCCUCCUCACUCAUGGCGUGCUUAGCGGGGACGCCAUUGCGCGCAUCAACGCUUCAGCGCUAGACAAGGUGGUCGUGACCAACUCGGUCCCUCAGGACGAGCACAAGCGGCUCUGUCCCAAGCUCGACGUCUUGGACGUCGCCCCCAUAUUCGCCGAGGCCAUUCGUCGCAUCCACCACGGCGAGUCGAUCAGCGUUCUAUUCCAGUACGCUUGAGGGAUGGGGAGUUUCUACGCUGCGUGGUGAUAGGAGCCCCGUCGACCGUUCCCAGGUCAUUUUCCUCCCGGAUGGUUAGGUAUUAUUACCUAGUCGCAUACGUUGAGUCUUAAUGGGCCAUCUCUCUUUUUCUUUCCUUUUUUUUUUUUCUUAAAUCAUUCCGAGCAUACUUUCCGUAUUAGACGAUGCUAGCCGUGCGUUUUUCCACCUGAGGGAUG